CCCACCGAUCGAGUUCGAAGUUUCCAAGUCGAGGGAAGGAGGCACGCACCGCUGCACUAAUGAACCUCUGAGGCGCAAGGCGCAAAGUGGGAGGAGCGCAUCGCUGCUCGCUAAUUAUCACUUUGCGGAAUCAGCCUGACAGUAGCAGUGCCCAGCAGGACCAUCAACUCUUCAACUUCUCAAUCGAGUCAACACCACCCGGUGCUUUCGGUUCCUCUCCGCGGAAAAUUAGCCCAUGCUUUUAUUCUGCUUCUAUCUUUAUUGAUGAGUCAAAAGGGCUGGAAAUCCUCUUGCAAGUGCUGCUGACACAAAAGGGCACAACGUCGCCCGACGGAGACAAAAACAAGACGUGAGAGCCGAAAAGCUAAAUAAGUAAAAAUUAACUUCACGCCCGGCAGACCCCCUUCAAUAUCAUGUCGCUUCCGCAAAAACGGAGUCGCGUUAUUCUUCCUGCUCUGGGCGCCCAGCCCUCCUCUGGUUCUCUUCCGUCUACGCUGGUAACAGCAGCAGCAGUAGCAGCAGCCCAACAACCCUCAGCCUCUGGCCGCGGAUCGGGCGGAGGAGUGAGCAGCGACGACUCAGGCAAUGAUCCCAGCGCUGGAAGCCGAAACCAGAGUGUCGAUUCUUCAGCCGACCCAAAGCCGCGUGCUGUUUCCAAGCGACAGGUUGUUGCUGUCGCUUGCCAUAGCUGUCGACGGAGAAAGGCCAAGUGCGAUGGCCAACGCCCGAAAUGCCAACACUGCUCCAAGAGAGGCGUCGAAUGCCAUUAUGAAGCGAACCAGGGCGAGACCGUGAGUCUUGCGCUUAAGCGCAAAGCCAACGACUUGGAGACGGAAAAUACCCAGUACAGAGACCUCUUCCGUAUGGUCUGCACCAAGUCCGGAGAUGAGGCAAAAGAGAUUUUUCGGCGGAUUCGGUUCUCAGGCGACCCCAUCAGAGUCUUGGAGUCCAUACGACAGGCAGAAAUUCUGCUUUCCUUGCCGACGACAAAUGACCGUACAUUACUCGAGGUUGGCCAAGAUGAAUGAAAUGACUCUCCAAAAACGAAAAACCCCUAUCAACGACAGCGAGAACGAUAUUUUCGAAAAAACAGCAUCAAAUCGAGCGAAAAACGCCUGCUCGCGACCGCAAAGGUCUUUUGUGCACACAAUGUCAUCCUCGAUUUUGCGUCAAAGGGGCUCAUGUGUAACCGCAGAGCAGGCCCUGACCACGAAAUUUCGAGAGCAAGCUGUGAAGAACGACGUGUCACCAGACAACACCAUCACCACCACCGCGGGCGAGCCACAGGUCGCUACACGAUGCACAACGACUGCGCCCAGACAACGAAUAUCAACACAACUGCCACUGACAGGUUCAGGGUUGCCUGUCAUCCCCGAAAAAGUUUGCAACGGCCCACAGCGAAGAUGACAAGUCCGACAGAACGGUAUCACCUCCGGCAUAGAGAAAGCACCAUACAUCAGACAUGCUACAAUCGGUGUCACAGAAUUCUACAGACUAAAGACAGAUUGGUCCUCCCUUGAGUGGAGCGUUGUGUUUCGUGGACCGAACCUGGGCCGAUGCGACGGGCGGCAGUGGUGGUCGAAGGAUGAAAUCAUACAGCCACAUAGGAACCCGGCAGGAGGCAACGAGAUUUUGCAGGACAAGAACAUACAGCACACAUGGGUCCGAGAGGAUGCGGACAAGAGAAACAGAUGAAGCUGAGCGCCGGGGGGAGACUGUAGGUAUGCAGAACCAGACACGGUGGCUAGCACCGACAGAGUCUAAGCCGGAAGACAUAAAAGAAGGAUCCAGGAGGCAAAGCAAGGGCAAGAAAAUAGGUGGCAGGAACAAUAUUCUUCAGCAGAGGGCUCAAACACACAGGACAGAUAGUACAGUGGGGAGCUUGGGAACAGCUGGCCUUGAUCCAACAACAGGGAGAAGUGGGGCGUCGCGAUUCAAUGUAGACGCUUCGUCUGUUAGCCAAGCCUCGCUUUCCGGGCAUAGCUGCAGAUAAGAAGCGGCCAAAACCGAGUAGGAAUCAAUCAAUCAAUCC